GGCGCACAGAAGUGACCUGGCUAAGCGCAAGCAAGCAAGACUGGCAGCACGAGACUCCGAUUUUGAGUCUGCGGAUGAACAGCCUGUGAAGAAGAUGGAGAGUCCAAGACCGUCUCGAAAGGCUAGCGCAAAGAAGGGUAGCGAUUCUGAAGCAAGCUACAAAGCAACCACCUCGAAAAAGAGGCAAGCGCCGUCACAGACUACAGCUAAGGCAGCAAACAAACGAAAUACUGCAACAACUUCCCGUGCAAGCAAAAAGGUGCAAGCUAAGGCAUCCAGCUCAGAGGACUCAGAUGAUGGGUUCGAGCCUACGCCCGCAGUCAAGAAGCGCAAGUUGUAGCACAGUCAGAAUAUCCAUCUGAUGACUUUGCCCACGUGCCGCUGACCAUGAACGCUGCGACUCACGCUUGGCUGCUUAAUUUUUUUUCUUUUGCGCACACGGUCGGCCUGUACACACGUUGCCGUGCAACGAAGCGUAACCUACACCAGAGGCAAGAAUGUCAUCGAAAAGCGCCUCCAAGUUGAAGCGUGAAGCCGCUCGCGAAGCCCGCGGCAAGGGCUCGAAGAAAUCGACACCCAAGUCAUCAAACACACCUGUUGGCGAGGGUGCAGAGACUACACCAGAUGCAUUGGCUCAAGCACUAGCGGACUCAAAUAACUUUGAGCGUACUGCGACGGGUGUGCUGACGUCCAUGCAGAUGUCUCGCGAUAUCAAGAUUGAAUCUUAUACAUUGUCUUUCCACGGCCGAGUUUUGAUUGAGGACGCAACCAUUGAGCUCAAUUGGGGACAACGUUAUGGUCUACUUGGUGCAAAUGGCUCCGGAAAGUCUACAUUCCUCAAUAGUCUGUUUGCCCGCGACAUUGAGAUUCCUGAUCACAUUGAUGUCUACCUGCUCAACGCUGAAGCAGAACCAAUGGAAAUCAACGCAGUGGACUACAUCAUUGGAUCCGCUCGUGAGCGUGUGUUGAAGAUUGAGGAGGAGAUUGAGAAGCUCUCUAUGGCUGAUGAGGUUGACGAGCUUCUCAUGGAGGCCAAGUACGAACAGCUUGAAGGACUAGACCCAUCUACAUUCGAGGCUAAAGCAGCGGCGAUUCUCAACGGUCUUGGUUUCGAUAAGGUGAUGAUGGCCAAGGCCACAAAGGAUAUGUCUGGAGGUUGGCGCAUGCGUGUCGCCCUUGCUAAAGCGCUGUUCAUCAAGCCUUCCCUUCUGCUUCUCGACGAGCCUACCAACCAUCUCGACCUCGAGGCUGUGGUCUGGCUCGAAACCUAUCUGUCAACCUACAAUCACAUUCUUGUGGUCAACUCUCAUUCACAAGACUUCUUGGACAAUGUCUGCACCAAUAUUAUGGAUCUGACCGUGCAGAAGAAGCUGGUCUACUAUGGAGGUAACUUUUCGACAUACAUGCGUACUAAGAGCGAAAACGAGACGAAUCAGAUGAAGGCGUACGAGAAGCAACAAGAGGAGAUUGCGAGCAUCAAAAAGUUUAUCUCCUCUGCUGGUACCUAUGCAAACCUGGUGAAGCAAGCAAAGUCGAAGCAGAAGAUUAUCGACAAGAUGGAGGCUGCCGGUCUAAUUGAGAAGGUGGCGAUGGAAAAGCACAUCACAUUUGCUUUCCAGGAAACAUCCAAGCUGCCACCGCCCAUCAUCGCCUUCAAUGAGGUUGGAUUCUCCUAUGACGGCAACAUUGCGCAUGCCCUCUACAAGAAACUUGAUUUUGGUAUCGACAUGGAUUCAAGGGUUGCUAUUGUUGGCAAGAACGGUACAGGCAAAUCGACGCUGCUCAAUCUUAUUACUGGUGCAUUGUCGCCAGUGGAAGGAUCUGUGUCAAAGUAUGCCGGCUUGAAGAUUGCCAAAUACUCUCAACACUCUGCGGAUCAAUUACCGUAUGACGAGACUCCGCUUGACUUUGUCAUGAACAAGUACAAGCCCGACUAUCCCGGACAAGAGGUGGCCUACUGGCGCGCAUGGCUGGGCCGUUUCGGUAUCUCGGGUACGCACCAGACCAGUGAGAUUAGGACCCUGUCUGACGGCCUCAAAUCGCGUGUCGUCUUUUGUACCUUGGCACUAGACCGGCCGCACAUCCUGUUGCUCGAUGAGCCGACCAACCAUCUCGACAUUCAAUCUAUCGACGCGCUGGCAGAUGCUUGCAAGAAGUGGGAAGGAGGUGUUGUGCUUGUCUCUCACGAUUUCCGAUUGAUUGGACAAGUCGCCGAGGAGCUAUGGGAAGUCAAGGACAAGCAUGUCGUCAAGUUGGACAUGUCGAUUUCCGAGUACAAGACGACUCUUGUGAAUGAAUCAAAGGAUGCCAUUGAGAACGCUCUCAAGAUUGGCAAAGGACUUUAGACUGUAUAUAGAACGCUUGAUAGAAACCUCGACGACUUUGCUUUACAAAAUUCUGAACUUGCAACCGC